AAGAAAACAGAACUGAAAAGCCUUCAUGUUGUUCUUAUUUUGAUAUUUAUUAACCAACACCCUGGAACUCAAAAUAUGAUCAAUGUAACAUCACAGCAUCGCAUACCCUAGGCAAUCUUUAAUUCGCGUUGGAAACAGGACUUGGUUGAUGUUAUUUAAGUGACGCUAGUUAAAUGUUAACUGCUAAUGUUAACCAACAAUGGCUAACUGUAUGGUUUUUCACACUCAAAUAGCCUCCAUUAUGGAGGUGCUAGCGAAUGCAGCCGUGGCAGAUAUCUGUAAACUCGUAGAUGACGACUAUGCAGUGUUUCGUUUGGAAAUAACUCAAAGCCAGAAAGAAAACAGGGUAUUGCGGAGGAAACUACUGGAACUGAAGGUGGCACGAGAGCGCGCUGAGAGGACAAUGCGAGAGCGCGUACUCGGCAGUCGUCCCAGUAGUGUCAAGAUCCUCGACCGGUACAGAGUAAUGGCAAGAGGUGAAGGACAUCUCACUGGAGCCCACAGGAGCCUUGUGAAGCCGGCGGGACACAACACAUGGAGAGAUGACCAACCAAUCACUGUUGAUGAGGGGAGUGGAAACUCAACCCAGCAUGUUAUCAUGAUGGAGUCUGCAGAGGCUGCAGGCCCUGGGGUCAAGCUAAAGAGGUCUGGUGGAGAGGAGGACCAACGGCACAGCAGAGACAUCCAGGCUGGUGCAGCGUCUGGAGUGGCACCCCCUGUAGCCACAGAGGACCUUUCCACCGCUGCUGUGCUCCAGUCCAGGAACCGAGGCAGCAUCACAGAGGAGGAGGGUCCAGAGGUGCUGCUGAUAAAGGUGGAGGGGUGUGAGGAGGGUCUGGGGUACCCUGAGGGGACCAUGGUCAUGGAGGACAACCAGACUACACCUCCUGUACCCACAGAGGAACCAGCUGAGCAGCACAGGACCACAUACAGUCUCACUGAGUCAGUAGACAUGGAGGAUUGGAAGCCUGAUCUGCUGCUGGUCAAAGAGGAGACAAUAGAAGACAGACCAGAGAGCAUUGAUCUGCUGAGUGGAAUAAAGAUGGGGGAGCAAGUUGGUUGGCUGGAGGCUAACAGAGACUGGGGGGCCAUCUUGGAUUCCCAAACCCAGACGGGUGCAGCCAAGGGCCCAGGGGACAACAUCACUGAGCAGGCCAGGACUAGAGGCAACAUGGUGGAGUCUGCAGUCCAUGAGGAACUGCUGAUAUCCGGUGUUGCUGGCGGGAGAGACUGGACCUCUGAGGCAGCUGGUCACAAACCCUGGCCCCGGAUCAGAACCCUGGAUCAUGAGCCCUCACUCUUCUUUCCCGAGUCAGAACCAGGACUGAACCGCGAGGAACAAAGACUCCACCACCACACAGAACACAACCAGUGGACAGGUGGACUGAACAACCUCAGUCCUGGUGGUCAACAGAGAGACAGAGGCUCCAGUCAGGGAUCCAGUCUGCAGCCCAGACCCUUCUCUUCACAGUCUCAGUGCAGGGAUGGAGCAGGGCCUGGGGCUGAUAGAGAUAGACCCUAUUGUUCCUAUGAUACAAACACCACAGCAUCCAUGAUGAACAGAGCAGGUCACCCUGGGCUUCAGCCUUUACAGAGAGUGGUGGGAGACACCCCUGGUGGGAGUCUUUCGGAUGGUCUGUCUUCUCCUUCAGGAUCUCAUCUGAUUCCUGAUGAAUGGGUUAAUAGAAAGCCUGGGUCUAGCGUUCCUCAGCUGCCUCAUGGUUACCCCACCAAUACAGACAGGGUCAGGAUGGGCAUUCACCACAAGAGAUACCUAGCCUAUAACACACCACACAAUCCCAACAACACCCAAACAAUGGCUAGAGGUCAAGCAGGGAGCUCAAAGACUAACCAGCUAAGGGUGGUGGCUCCUGCUUCUAGCUACUCUGGUGUCAUUGGAUCACAACGUGGGAAGCCGAACAUUAGGACUGACGCUGACAAGCCGUAUGCCUGCCCCACAUGUGGGAAGUGCUUUGCUGAGGCGAACUAUGUGAAGAUCCACCAGAGGGUCCACACAGGGGAGAAACCCUUCAGCUGUACCCAGUGUCACAUGCGCUUCGCAGAGGCUGGCACCCUGAAGAGGCACCAGAGGGUCCACACAGGGGAGAAACCCUAUAGCUGCCCUCAGUGUGAGAAGAGGUUCUCACACCAGCAUCAUCUGAAGAGGCACCUGAAGGUCCACACAUGACAAAGGCCAUUUGCCUUCUCUGAGGGUUUCAGAGAGGAACUACCUCAGGAUACACCAGCAGAAAAAACAUUACACUUCAUAACAUAAGAGGUAACCAACCAUUCCCUCCUCAGGGUACACAUUGUCUCCCCAUCAUUGGUGAUAGUGCGGUGACAUGCUGCCAACCUUCACUUUCUUUCAUUAACUUUCUCUCAUUAGCUUUAGUCCUGCCCUCUAACCUUUUUUUUGCCUUAGAUUCUUCCUCCAAGCUAACCCUUAUGUAUUUCUCGCUCACAUUCACAUUUAGUAGUUCUCUCCUUUUGCCCACGUAACCAUACAUGUACUCUUUGAGGGUGUCCCUUUCCCUGUGUUCCUUUUAUUUGUGUGUACAGAACAUGAUUCCUUUCUCAUCUAUAUCUACCCUCUUAUCUUCCUACUUCAUGCUGCUCAUUGGUUAGCUGUCAUAGUGGAAGCCCCCACUAGGCCCACCCCCAAGCCUCGCAGCAAAAGCUCUGAAUAGGCUCAGUCAGCUGGACAAGAUCCAUAGAGCCAAUCAGGAUGCUUCUUAAUCUUCUCUCAAGACAAAGAUGAAUUUUCAUUGCUGUCAACAGAAAAGAUCCACAGAUGCAUUUGGAAUAACGAUAGGGACAGGUUUCAGUGUUGCAUAGUCCUGAAUAGAAUAUUGUAUCCAGACAUUGUGUAAUAUAUACAGUAUAAUGCAUAUAUAAGUUAAAGGUUUAUUACAUAGUGUUGUGUAGGAUAUAUGACGUUCACAAAUGCCUAUUUCAUUACAUCCAUUUAACUACUUUAUUUUUUCCCAAGACACUUUUAAUGAGAAUUAAUGCAGUUCAAGUUCAUGCUGAUUUUUAGCAUUAGUUGAGACAUGUAUGUGUGGUUUUCAAUGGUGAAUUUAAAACUUUAUGUUUAAUAAACACAAAAUGUGACUUUUCAUU